CGUCGAAGUGCACCAUCCCCCUCUGAGUACAGCCACAGCCCUCAGUCAUGAGCAGCCCGCAAGACUCCGGCACUGCUUCUCCACUCGAAGACGACGAGGUCAACUUCGAGUCUGGAGACGAGUAUGAAGAGACAAUCAGGAAGCAGCGAGCCGAGAAUGCCGCCCUCCUCGCCUCUCUCGAACUCUCCACUGGCGGAUCCGCACUAGUCGACCCAGAGGGCACCAAGAGAAAGAGGAGCGCAGCUGAUGUCGAAGAGAGGAAGAAGAAGCGACUCAGCGAACAGAGGAUACGAGCUGCAGAGGAUCGAAAGAAGAGACUCAAGGCCGAAGCUGCCAAUGGAGGGCCAGACCUUCGCCCCGCAAGGACCUCUGCUAGGCUCAGAGGAAAACUUCCGGCAGGCAUGGAGGAGGAGAACAAAAGAAUCGAAGCAGAGAAGAAGGAAAUGGAGUUUAAGCGAGCUCAGAGCAAGAAGCUUCUGCAUCAAGAACACAAGUUGCUUGCCCUGCUGGGUGAGGAUGAAGAGGCCAAGAAGAAAGAAGAGGCACUGAUCGGAGCUCUACAAGCAGUCAUUGCUCGGGAAGAUGAAGAGGAAGAGGAGAAGAAGUCAAAGGCUAGCUUGAAGAGCUCCGCGAGAGGAGGGCUGGGGGACGAGACAGAUGAAGUGGACACGGAUCGCGCCCUUCAGGAGCUGCAAGAAGAGAUUGACAAGAUGGACCUCCUUGCCGCGAAGAAAGUCACUCCCAAGCGUCUCUACACAGCAGCUUGGCAUCCUUCCGUGCAGCGCGAGCUGCUCUUCACAGGAGACAAAGAAGGUCAUAUCGGCGUUUGGGAGCCAUUUGCUAAGAAGGCCCACACCAGUGGAGGCGAUGAUGACGAGACCGCCGAGUCCAAAGAGGACCUAGAUCAGGUCACAGGCGAUGAUGGAAUCGCUUACACACUCCGGAUACCCGACGACUCCUCGCCCAUCUCCUGCCUCAAGGUCCCACCACACAAUCCCACCAAGCUCUUCUCUUCCUCAUACAACUCGACACUGCGCAAGAUUGACCUGGAGAAGGGUGUAUCGGAGCAAGUCUUCUCCUUCUCCACCGAAGACGACGACGAUGGAGGGGAUGGAGCGCUAUUGAGCGUCUUUGACUUCCAGCGGGAAGGUGAUGGAGGAGCUACAGCCGGAGGAGAUGUCAUCUGGUGUGGUGACCAUCGUGGAGGCGUGGUUCGCAUCGAUCUGAGAGAGCCUGGAGCUCCACCUGGCCCAGGUGCAGGGAGUGCUCGCUCAAAGAGAAGCAAUGGAGGGAGCGGAGGAGGUGGUGGUUCCAAUUGGCAGCGGUGGCAGCUAUGCGAAAAGAAGAUCGGUGGCCUGUCCAUCAACCCAAUGUCCCCACACGUCCUCUCCGUGGCCUCCCUCGACCAGUCCAUCCACCUCUUUGACACUCGUCGUCUCUCAACUCUCCCUCAGACCUCCUUCAUCCCAACAACCUACAAGCAUGUAGACCCAGACACGCUCUCUCUUCUCCAGCAAGACGUGCUUGAAGGAGGAGCCCAGCUAGGUUGGAAGAAGAGCAAGCAGGCAAGCACCAGUGUCGAUUUCAGUCCUGAUGGUAGUAAAUUAGCAGCAGUGAGCUAUGAUGAUGUUGUCAAGGUGUGGGAGAUGGACAAGGAAUGGCUCGACGUCGACGUUGUUUCGGGCGCUACUGCCGGUGCUGGUACUGUCGCCAAGAAGGGUCGAGCAUCGACUAGCUCUACCAAGAGUAAUGCUACACCUAAGAAGGGUGGGCUUAUGCGCUACUUCAAGAAGGAAGAAGGCGAAGAGGUAGAAGACCUCAAGGGGACCUCCACCUCCUCCUCCAAAGGCAACGGUCGGAAGGGUGCUACUAGCAGCGCUCAAUCCCGACCUACGGACCUCCUCGCUUCCCCACUCGUAAUCCCUCACAACAACCAAACGGGUAAAUGGCUCACCCUCUUCCGUGUGCGAUGGGCACCUACUCCAACCUCCACUUCAGCAAAUCACUUUACCAUUGGUAACAUGAGACGAAGUAUUGACUUGUACUCUGCAGAAGGGAAAUACCUGCGUGGACUAUACGAUGAGGAGUGGCAGAGUGCAGUACCUGCCGUAUGCGUCUUCCAUCCUGCGGGAGGUGUGGGGAGUCAGAUUGGAGAGAGGGUCAUGGGUGGGAGUGCUAGCGGAAGGUGUGUGCUGUGGGGUAGGCCGAGGGAGGGGAGCGACGGAGAGGCGGCUUGAAGAGGCGCAGCGUAUGAGGGAGCGAUGUAGCAGAAACCCCAUCUCGCAAUAUCACUGCCCAUUCUGCUCUGCCUCGGACAAAUGUAUGUUAUUCCAAGAAGCUUCUACGCAAGAGUGACACUCAAAGACCAACAGGAUGCAGUCGAACAAGUUUACUCGUAGAUCCACUGGUCGAUGGCCCUCUUGUAAGAGAUGGCACCGUCCUGAGCACCGAACCAGAGGGCAAUCUCCUUCUUUGCCGAGUCCACGGCGUCGGAACCGUGGCAGAUGUUGCGUCCAACGUCAAUGGCAAAGUCACCACG